AUGUCUGACGUAACACCUUCAGUAGCACGAAUGCGCGCCAUACUGAGCCAAAUUUCAGCCGGUGGUCAGCCCGUUUCUAUACCACCAUCUCCUUCCUCACCAUUGGCUUUGAGUUCUGACAUCCGCUGGAAUGGAUGGGGCUAUCAGGACACAAAACUCUUUGUCAAUAUGGAAAAAGUAAUCGAAAUUUCAGGUGUCCGCUACGCUGAAGUAUUUGCGAAUGCUCCAGACCGCACUCUUCCUUAUCUUCUUCCUUGGGCUGAGAAGUACAUUGGAUUGGAUGCAAAUCGUCGAAGUACGCCUUGUGUCACGCGUCCUGAGGACUUGCGACUGAAGAACCAACUGCAAGAAGGCGAAAUGGCCUACAAACGUCUCAAGCAGCUCUUGAACAUGGCGAGCGAGAAUUUGGGCUUAAAAAUUAGCACUACACUUGAAGAAAGAGUGCGUCAUGGUCAUGGACAGACAUGUGAAGACGUGUUUCGACUUCGUCACGUGCGAGACGUUGAGCGAGUUCCGGAUGCUGUGAUUUGGCCGACAAGUCAUCGUCAAGUGGAACUUUUAGUAGAAAAAGUGACGCAAAAUUUUGCAGAGCAUGUGUGUAUCAUCCCUUUUGGGGGAGGAACGAAUGUCACGAGUGCUCUAGAGUGCAAUCCUAGAGAGCGACGUGCCAUCGUGUCGCUGGACUUAAGUAUUACUGGACUGGAUUUGCAUGAUCGGUUGCGUCAUCGUGGACUUACAUUAGGACAUGAGCCGGACUCGUGGGAGUUCUCAACGCUGGGUGGGUGGAUCGCUACGCGUGCAUCAGGCAUGAAGAAAAACAUGUAUGGGAAUAUUGAAGAUUUAGUAGUGAACAUUACGACAGUGACACCACAGGGAACGUUGAAGCGCGCUGCUAAUGUGCCUCGCGUUGCGAUGGGGCCAGACAUGAAUAACGCUAUGAUGGGCUCGGAGGGAAUCUUCGGAGUGCAUACGUUGGUCACGCUACGACUUCGCGAGUUCCCAAGCGUGCAAAUAUACGACUCACUUCUUUUUCCUAGUCUUGAACAUGGACUUGCAGCUCUUAAGGAUAUUACACGCUCUGGGUGCGUGCCUGCGUCUCUUCGUCUACUGGACAACACGCAAUUUCAGCUGGGUCAGGCUCUUAAGACGUCAUCCGCAACCAACAAGUUUACUGCUGGAGUCAUCGACUUUGCGACGAAGACAUAUGUGACAAGGAUUCGUGGUUUUGACGUCAACGAAAUGUGCGCAGCCACUGUUUUAUUGGAAGGAAACUGCCAGCAGAAGGUGCAUGAGCAACAAACACAAAUUCACAUCAUUGCCAGGCGUAACAAUGGCAUAGUUGGCGGAGAGGAAAGUGGCAAGCGAGGCUACUUUUUUACGUACAUCAUCGCGUACUUGCGCGAUUUUGCACUUGAUUAUUACUUUAUCAGUGAGUCCUUUGAGACAUCGGUUCCCUGGACGAAUGCGCGUCAACUUGUGACUGACAUUAAGCAGGCUAUUAAUUUGACGGCCGCGAAGCAUGCCAUCAAGGUACCGCCACUUAUAGCUUGUCGUAUCUCACAAGUAUACGACACUGGUGUUUGCGUGUACGUGUAUUAUGGCAUUAAUUACUUUGGGAUUGAUGAUCCCAUGACGCUAUUUCGAGAAACAGAGCUUGCUGCUGUUGACGCCAUUGUGCGUAAUGGUGGCGCGCUUUCUCACCAUCACGGUGUUGGCAAGCAUCGUCUUGCUUGGUUGCAGGCAGCAAUCUCACCCCCCGCAAUCGCAGCUAUCAAAGGGAUCAAAGUUGCCCUGGAUCCUACGAACGUAUUCGCUGUGACGAAUUUGCAGCUGUCUCAUGAUUACGUUGAAAAAAAUCAUGGUGCUUAA